CUGUUGGCUUAGGAGUUUUUAUGAUGAUAAUGGCAGGAAUUUUGGCUGUAAUUUUUCCACGGCUCAUCAAAAUAGUUAUUAACAAAGAGAUUUCAUUGAAUGAGGGAAGUAGAACAUUUGGUUGGUGGAAAAAGCCCCCAGUAACCCCACAAAUGCAUGUGUAUAUUUACAACGUGACAAAUGCAGAUGAGUUUCUAAAUAAUGGCGAUAAACCUGUCCUCAAGGAACUUGGACCUUACGUUUACCUUGAGAAAUGGGAAAAAGUGAACAUAAAAUUCAACAUUAAUAGUACCGUUACCUAUAAUGUUAAAAAGACGUUUACUUUCUCUGAGAGCUUAUCCAAUGGUUCAGAAGAGGAUUUAGUUGUGGUUCCGAAUGUACCAAUGUUAUCAGCCACUAGUCAAUCAAAACACGCUGCACGAUUUUUACGGCUAGCCAUGGCUUCCAUCAUGGAUAUUCUUAAAAUCAAACCAUUUGUGGAAGUAUCUGUAGGACAGUUGUUAUGGGGAUAUGAAGAUCCGCUGCUGAAACUUGCCAAGGAUGUUGUACCAACUGAUCAAAAGCUUCCUUAUGAGCAGUUUGGACUUCUGUAUGGAAAAAAUGGCACAGGAAAAGAUAACUUUACAAUUUUUACGGGAGUAAUGGACAUAACAAAAUAUGGACUUUUAGAUAGAUGGAAUGGUAAAGCCGGUCUAGGUCACUGGACAACAACACAUUGUGAUACUGUGAUGGGUAGUGAUGGAAGUAUCUUUCCACCAUACAUAACGAAACAUACAGUUUUAAAAAUAUUUGAUAAAGAUCUGUGUCGUGUAUUACCACUAGUUUACAAGCAAGAUGUUGUGACCUCUGGAGAUGUACCUGGCUUUAGAUUUGUACCACCAGCAGAUGUUUUUUCGUCACCAGAUCGAGUACCAUCGCAACAGUGCUUUUGUCCUUCUGGACCACCUUGCGCUCCUGAGGGCACCUUCAAUGCAUCAUUAUGUCAAUACGAUUCACCUGUGCUUUUAAGUUUUCCUCAUUUUUACUUGGCUGAUCCUACAUUAAGAGAGGCAGUUAUAGGAAUUUCACCACCUGAAGCUGAAAAACAUCAGCUGUACAUUGAUGUGCAGCCUGUAAUGGGUACGACAUUAAGAGCAAAAGCAAGAAUCCAAAUCAACUUAGCAGUAAGUCAAGUUCGUGAUAUCAAACAAGUUGCAUCAUUUCCUGAUAUAGUGUUCCCCAUUAUCUGGUUUGAAGAUGGCAUUGACCAAUUACCUAACGAUGUUACAUCACUAAUGAGAUUGGCUAUCGAUUUACCUCCAAUUGCUCGAACUACUAUCUCUGGAGGUCUCGCAAUCAUCGGCUUUUUUGUACUUAUUGGUGCACUUGCUUGCUUAACACGGGCUGCCAGUCGACAAGAAAAACUUCAUUUAAGCAAUCCACUACCAAUUAGGUCUGUUAAAGACGAAAAUAGUUUAAAAACAGCUACACAAAGUCCACCUGAUAAGAAAUUAAGUGGUUAUAAAUAACACUAUUUUUAUUUUUAGAAUCAAAACUUAUGUAGAUAUGAAAAAAUUAAACUUUAUUUAACUACUAA